AUGAAGGUAAAAAUAGUACAACUUAUUUCUCUCAAAAUAAACAAUUUGUAUAAUUUUUAUAUUUUCUUUAGUUUCAGAUAGCAUUAUGUUUAAUUCUAUGGUGUAUAGUAUACGUGCAAGGGGCAAAAUUUGAAGCUUUCUAUCCGAGAGAAGCAUAUGGAGUGAGCAAUGGAGCUUCUCGAUCGCCCCAUGGUCAUGGAUCAUUUUACAAGUACAGAAACCCAGCUCUUGUAGAUGCUAAAAACUCACCGGCUUAUGGAUACAGAUUUGACGGGAAAAGACGUUUUAAUUUUGACAAAUGA